GACGUCGGCUGAUCAGAGAGAGAGAGCACAGACGUGUGACAGUAGGCGACACCCGGAGUUUUAGCGCCUCUGGCGAUGUGGAGCAGCCGUGGCCAUUGUACAAGCACGUGUAAUAAAGGUUCGCACACCGCUGACAAGUUCCUGCCUUUUGGUUCGAGUGUUGGACCGCUGUUGUUGCCAUACAACCCCCCUUACCACUCGGUUACAUUUUUGGCGCUGCGAGUAGGAUGUGUCAGCAGGUGUACACGAUGGCUGCAGAUGGAGACAGUACAGCAGAGGCUGUACAAACCUGUCAUUUAUUCCGCCUUCAGAAGUUUGCCGGAGGGCCAAGUGUCGGCGAGUUUGAGAGAGAGGUCGAUAUAGCUCUCGCCCUAAGCCCGAUGCCUGAGAAAGCGGCUUGUGUCUAUAUUCUCAACGCGCUGGAGGGACCUGCUAGACGGCGAGUUCUGAUGUUCCCUCAUGACAUGAUAGACACGCCGGAAAAGAUUUUGGAUGUUUUGAGAGAGGCAUACGGCGAGCGGAGAGAUGUUAUAGACAUUAUCGCCAGUUUUUAUAACCGCCGACAGCAGAGUGAGGAGUCGGUCAUCGAAUACGCUGCGACCCUCCGGAAUUUACAGGCGGAAGCGAACCGCCUGCUGAGCGACGCCGUAUCCAGUACACACCUGGCGACACGCUUUGUGAAAGGACUUAAAAACAGCCAGGUCCGACGUGAAACGUCCAGACACCUGGCCGACCAUGGGUCUUCUUUUGUCGAUCUCCUCAACACGGCCCGACGUGCAGAGAGAGAGAGGAGAUGUGUAAUGACAGGGAGGAUGAGAUAGAUCGUCUGACUGCACGAGUCAGACAGCUGGAGAUGGAGGCGGCCUCCCGGCUUCACACGACACAGCAAAGUGAUUUCCCCUUCGAGGCUGAUCGUCAGCACAAACAGAAAUGUAUGCGACGACAGCAGACAAGACAGCGGAGCGGCCAGCGACCAGCACCUUCCCAUGACAGCGAUGGUGGAGGGGGCAGAAGGCGAGGUUUCUGCAGGUGGUUCAACGUGGCAAAGGGAUGGGGGUUCAUCACACCUGAUAAUGGCGAUCGAGACGUCUUUGUCCACCAUUCAGUUAUUCACAAGGCAGGCUUUCGCAGCCUCGGCAAAGGUGAAUUGGUGGAAUUUGAACCCAGACUGUCAUACAAGGGCGUUGAAGCCACGUUCGUCUGUGGUAUCGGAGGAGUGAAAUGCCGAGGCAGUGAUCGCCGGCCGAAGGAAAAGUUUCAAAGCAAGCCGGUGCAACUACAACAGCGACAACCACAACGACGGCAGAGCCAAGCAGAACUGCAACGGGACAGAUUCCAUGGGCGGAGCGGCCGGAGUACCUGUAAUAUCACCAGCUGGCCAGUUGAUGACAGUGACGAAGGAACUCCGUUCUGGUAUGGUACUCUUCCACCCCAUCAAGCCAGAACAAGAUUAAUACCAAAAGUGACAGUGCCUGUGGUGCCUGAUAUGACAGUAACUGUGAUUCCAGAAGUGACAGUGUGUGCGGUGCCUGAUAUGACAGUAAAUGUGGUUCCAGAAGUGACAGUGCCUGUGGUGCCUGAUAUGACAGUAACUGUGAUUCCAGAAGUGACAGUGCCUGUGGUGCCUGAUAUGACAGUAACUGUGAUUCCAGAAGUGACAGUGCCUGUGGUGCCUGAUAUGACAGUAACUGUGAUUCCAGAAGUGACAGUGCCUGUGGUGCCUGAUAUGACAGUAACUGUGAUUCCAGAAGUGACAGUGCCUGCAGUAUCCCAGCCGCACAAAUGGCAGCGGUUUGCUGUUAGACAGGCAUAAAGCUCACAUGUGUAGAAAACGGUUGUGU